ACGUCUGGCUGCCCGGCGGUGGAGCCGCCGUCGUGAGGCGAGGCUGCCGGGGACCGAGCCGCUCGGAGGGUCCGGCUGCAGUCUGACCGGACGGACCGCGACCGCGACCGCGACCGCGAUUGCCAUGGUUUCCCUCGCAGCCACCACCUUGGGAGUAAUCAAUAGACCUCGGACCUAACAGUGUGGUUAUGGAAAAAGAAAUCAAUGUAGUGCUACAUUACAUUACUUCUUGGAGUCUUCUUCACAGGUUCUAAUUACCUCCGUUGUAACAUUGAGGUGUCGUAAUCUAUGAUGGAUAAGAUAUUGGAAGCACUCAUUACCUCUUCACACCCUCUAUCUGUGAAGAGGGGGAUCGUGAAGAAAGUGGUAGAUGCCGCUGAAAACUCCGUUGACCGGGAGCAAUGCAAGGCAAUGUUUCAUCUAACCACACGGUUAAUUUUAAUUGGGGAGGACAAUUUCCAGAAACAAGUGGGUCAUCAGGUACUUGAUGCCUAUGCCAGAUACCAUCGUUGUGAAUUUGAAGAAUUCUUUAACAAGGGCUUUAUCCUAAACCUUCUGCAACAAGGUUAUGGAUCAUUAGAUAAGAAAGAUAUUGGCAUCAUUGACUAUAUCCACAUGGGAUUAAAACUUAUAAUGAGUUGUCCUUCUGUGCUUGAAAUCUUCAGCUUCAUGCACAAUGAAGUUUUGCGAUUAGUUUGUGAGAGGCCAGAGCCUUUGCUGUGUGCUAAGUUGAGUGAGUUGUUGUCUGACUUUGUGCACUGCAUGCCAAAGGGUAAAUCAGCAGUACUGUUCUGCCAACAAUUAGUAAGGACGAUUAGUCAGUUCCAGUGCAAUGCUACGCAAGAGGAAGAGCUUCGUGGAUUUAUUUCUCAGGUGAACAAAAUAAGCAAUUUGCUCCAAAGCAUUUGGAAAGCUGAGCCUACUGCACUUCUGCCUUCUCUACAAGAGGUGUUCGUAAUAAUCUCUGCUACAGAUUCCAUAUUUGAACCGUCUAUUGCUCUGGCAAGUCUUGUUCAGCACAUCCCAUUACAAAUGAUAACAGUUCUCAUUAGGAGCCUAAUCACAGAUCAAAAUGUUAAAGAUGUCAGCAUGACUUGUGCUCUGUGCAGGAUGAUUGAUUGGCUCUCUUGGCCAUUAGCUCAGCAUGUUGAAACAUGGGUGAUUGCACUACUUAAGGGAUUAGCCUCUGUCCAGAAGUUCACCAUCCUUAUAGAUGUCACAUUACGUAAAAUUGAACGGGUAUUUCAUCGACUUUGGUAUCCUAUUGUGCGGCCAGGAGCUCUGGUGGUUCUUUCCCACAUGCUGCUCAGCUUUCAGCAUUCUCCAGAAGCCUUUCAUUUAAUUGUUCCUCACAUUAUAAAGCUAGUUCAGUUUCUGAAAGACGAAGCUUCACCUGCCAGCAAAAUCUUCCUGCUGCAGUUAACUGAGUUGGUACAUUGUAUGAUGUAUCAGUAUUCUGGAUUCCCUGAUCUGUAUGAACCCAUCCUCGAAGCCAUUAAGGAUUUGCCAAAGCCUUCUGAAGAAAAAAUGAAGCUCACUCUUAAUCAAAGUGCUUGGACAUCACACUCGAAUUCUUUGGCAUCUUGUUUGUCACGGCUUUCUGGAAAAUCUGAAACGGGAAAAACUGGGUUAAUAAAUCUGGGCAAUACGUGCUAUAUGAAUAGUGUCAUUCAAGCAUUAUUUAUGGCCACAGAUUUCAGGAGGUCUGUUUUGUCAUUGAAUCUAAAUGGAUCUCGCUCUUUGAUGAGGAAGUUGCAACUUCUGUUUGCCUUUUUGGCACACACUCAGCGAGCAGCGUUUGCACCACAGAAUUUCUUUGAAGAAUCAAGACCACCGUGGUUCACCCCUGGGUCCCAGCAAGACUGUUCUGAAUACCUCAGGUUCCUUUUGGAUAGGUUACAUGAAGAAGAAAAAACAUGCAGAAUGCUCAGUGAGAAUUCCUCACCAACCUGUGAAAAUUCUGUAUGUGACUGCAAUGCUCAGAAGCAUCCCGAGGAAGCAACAUCUCUCACUGAACCAGAUCUAGCAAGAGUUGAUGGAAAGACACUUAUAGAGAAAAUGUUUGGAGGCAAACUGCAAACCACAAUACACUGUCUAAACUGUAAAAGCACGUCUCAGAAACAAGAAGCAUUCACUGACCUUUCAUUGGCCUUUCCUCCAUGCCUUGAAGACAUUGUAGAAGCUGGAUCAACACAAUUGCUUGUCCCAGCAGAAUGUGAAAGCAGAAUGCCUACAUGUUGUACUGCAGUAGUCUCUGACACUCUUCAAACUGAACCUUCUAUAGUUCAUGACCUACAGGUGGAAGAAAUUGGACAUAGGUCAGAAAUGCAAGACGAAAUGCUUAAAACAUUUCCAUUACAAUCCAUUAAUUCUGCGGAUUCUUCCAGGGUGCCAAUACAAUCUGAUGAACUGGUCACAGUUCACAGCAAUAAAUCUAUUGAGCAGAAUGACAAAACCAAGUCUGUCCCUAAUCUAAUAAACUACUUUCUGGCCCCAGAGAUUCUCAAUGGAGAGAACAAAUAUUACUGUGAAAAUUGUGCCUCACUACAGAAUGCACAGAAGCUGAUGCAGGUAGUAGAUGAACCUGAGUACCUCAUUCUCACUCUCCUAAGAUUUUCAUAUGACUCAAAAAGUCACGUAAGGCGAAAGAUCCUGGAUGAUGUGGCACUUCCACUUACUUUACAGUUGCCAGUUGAAAAGAAAGCUCCAAAAUCACUAGCAAACUCUCAAUCGUUGCUAUCUGACUCGCCUGAAAACCUGCCUAAAAAAUUGAAACCUUCUGGUUCGGUAGAUUCAAGCGAUUCCCAAUCAGUGUCUUACCACCUCUGUUCUAUCGUCGUGCAUUCUGGGAUGUCAUCUGAGAGUGGCCAUUAUUACUGCUAUGCCAGAAACACCAAUUUGGGAUCUGUAGGUCAGUUGUGUUACAAGAAUGGCCUUGCUGAUUUGUCCUGUCCUCCAAGUUACGUGGCAGAUAAUGACAAUUCCAGUACGUCAGUUAUUUGGCAUGAAACAAACUGCAAAGAGACAUCAAAGGAAUGGUUUCUGUUCAAUGACAGCAGAGUGACCUUCACGUCCUUUCAAUCUGUUCAGAACAUUACUAAUAAGUUUCCUAAGGACACUGCAUAUGUCUUGUUUUAUAGGAAACAAGAUGCUAAUGAUGGUAUAUACCCAAGUACAGUAAAUGGACUGUGGGUGAAUGGAGAGCCACCACUGCAAAAAGAACUCAUGGAUGCAAUUACUAAAGACAACAAGCUUUAUCUACAGGAACAAGAGCUAAGUGCUCGUACCAGAGCAUUGCAAGCAUCUUCUACAACGUGUUCAUUUCGUCCACAUAGUUUUGAUGACAGUGACCCACCAGGGAGUUGUGGCCCAAGCGGUGGUGGCGGAGGAAGUGGUGGGUUUAAUACUAUUAGCCGUCUUGUCUUCUGAGAAUCUUUCAACAAGGCCAAUUUUCUUCCCCUACCCUUCCCUCUUUCUGAUAAUCGCAGAAGCAUGAAUCAAGUCACUUAAGGAUCAGAAUAUAUUACUCUCAAGACAUUUUUGACUGUUCCACUUGUUUAUCCCAGCCUUUUUGGAAUUGUGAGAAACACUGAUGUGUACUAGCUCUGUUAGGUUGGGGGGAGGGGCAGGGAAGUCAGCUAAAACAUACACAAUUGCAAUAAUUUGUAAAGUUUGUAGGUUUCUUAACCUUGCUCCUAAAUUUGACCAUACCUAUAUUUGCAUGUUUAGAUUAAUUUUUGUAAAUAAGCAUUCAGCAUUUUAAUGUGUAUUUGUAUAAUGGAUGUAAAUACAUUUCAAUUGAACUUUUCAAUCCAUGUAUUGAAAGUAUAGAAAUAGUAACUUAUGAAUUGCCAUAUUUCUGGCAUUGGAUUUCUUCAGUACUUAUAGUUUUGAAAGUGUAUACAGCAUCUUGUAACUUCAGGGAGCAUUACUUGUCAUAAAUUUGAUCCACCUCAACACCCCACCUUCACCACCACCCACACAACACAGACUCCUCCAUGUGUUUGUUCAUCUGUGCCUUGAGAUCUGUACAGACCGGGUACAUUUCAAAAUCCAGAAUCUGAAGGUUAUAUUUUUUAAAAAAACAACAUCCUUGGCAGAGGCUGAAUCACUUGUAUAUUUAUCACUGAUGUAUCUUAACAUCUUAAACCUUGUUUACGUUUUGAAGUUUCUAAGAAACCCUGCCAUCACUUGAAAAGAUCUUUCAUAUCCACACUAAAUCCAGAACAGUAAUAAAAAUGUUUUCCUCUGUGUUUGUUCAUGGGUAAUGCAGUGAUUUAACUACUGAAUAAUUCAAUACAUUGACAAAUUUAUGUUGGGAAUUGUUCUACCAUUGUGCUAAAAAGUUUUGAAAAACAAUAUUUAUAAAUAUUUAAAUAUAUAGGAUAUGUGAUUAGCAAAACAACAUACUGGAAAAAUCAGCUUUUAUUCAGUAAUAAGUUUUCACUAAAUUAUUGAUAUUUUUAUUUUAGAAAUGCUUUGCUAUGCUUUAGGAUAUGAAAUUUUAAAAAGUUUUGAAUUCCAUUUUGGAUAUGAUUUUUUUCCUUAAAUAUAUUCGCAUCUAGCAAUAAUCAGUUUCUGCAGAAUAAUUUUUUCAACAAUUGUUUGUCUUCAUUAGACAUCUCUUAUCAAAUACAGAUUCAGUGAAGCUAUUCAUCAUAUUAUCAAUGGAGUUGUUAUUUUGGAACUUACUUUUAAAAUAACUAAUGGAUUGCUUUCCAAGAUUCAAGAUUGUUUAAUGUCACACAAGUGUAAAGGAGAAUGAAAUAAUUGUUAUUCUGGAUAUGAUGCAGUGCAAAAAAAGGUAAAGAACACAAUAAUAAAAAAAACACAAUAAAUAUAAACACAGUGGAUUUCAGUUUAUUGGGAAACAUCAGGACCACUGCACUUUGGCACAAUUAAGUAGCUGCCCCAAUUAGCCAAAGAUUCAUGAAAAUAUUUAAAAAGGUAUUUUAAAAAAAAAACACAGACUACCAUUUAACUGAGUAACAAAUUAUGUAUUCAAAUGAAACACAGAACAAAUUAGAAUGCUACCAAUGCUACAGAUCUUAUCCAUUAUAUCCAACGAUGACCGAAAACCUGUGCAAGUGGAGAAGCUGCUGCACUGGGACAAUUCCACUCUCUCAACCUCAGAGGUCCAGGUCCAGAGGCUUGAGCAGUUGUCACACUGGAGACUUCCUUAGUUGCACUGGAAAACCAUGACUACUUCAGUGCCUCGUCAUCCCCUUUGCUCUCCACGCAGCAUCACUGAACUCCCUUCCUUGGCCGUUGGAUCUCACUGUAAAUCUCAUCCACCCAGUCCACCGGAGCUGACAGCAUGGUGGAACAGGCAUGUCUUUAUUUCACUGGGAUAUGAAACCCACCACCCAACCUCAACUGAUUUAACCUACUUGUCAAAGUGGUGUAUCAGGAUAUGGCUGGUGUCAUAAGCAAACAGCCACGUGGAGUCAUGAGUGAGAGCUGAGAGUCUGUGGGACAAUAGGCAACAAUCAAGCUGAUUUUUGAUACCUCCAAAUUCUUUGUAGUUCCUAACUUUUUGAAGUAGUGAAAUAGUUUAAUUUUUACUCCUGGCUUUUUCUGGCAUUUCCAAACCUGAAUGCUUGAAGACACAGUGAGCAAAACAGUUCUGAAUUGUCUUACUGCUCAUUUCUUGCCAACUAUCAGUGACAAAUCACUGGUAUUUGAACACAGAAUCACAUAACUGAUACUAUUUACAACCAUAUAACAAUCACAGCACGGAAACAGGCCAUCUCGGCCCUCCUAGUCCGUGCCGAACUCUUAAUCUCACCUAGUCCCACCUACCCGCACUCAGCCCAUAACCCUCCACUCCUUUCCUGUCCAUAUACCUAUCCAAUUUUACCUUAAAUGACACAACUGAACUGGCCUCUACUACUUCUACAGGAAGCUCAUUCCACACAGCUAUCACUCUCUGAGUAAAGAAAUACCCCCUCGUGUUUCCAUUAAACUUCUGCCCCCUAACUCUCAAAUCAUGUCCUCUCAUUUGAAUCUCCCCUACUCUCAAUGGAAACAGCCUAUUCACGUCAACUCUAUCUAUCUAUCCCUCUCAAAAUUUUAAAUACCUCGAUCAAAUCCCCCCUCAACCUUCUACGCUCCAAUGAAUUUAAAAACUGUUCAUUCUAUAAGUGCAAUAUGGUGUCUUAACAGCCACACAAGAGCACAUGACUGACACUAGUCAGAAGCUGUUCAGUAAUAGUCUCCUUUUCCAAUUAAGUGGUAUAGUAUCCCAAAUAAAUGAAGGGAACCUUGGCUAUUGAUUUGGUUAGUUUUUGUUCUUUAAAAGUUGUCCUAAAUAAGCAGCUGCCCCGAAUAACUUGUUGUUUUAAUUAACCAGAAUCCACUGUACAUAUAGUAGCUUAUAUAGAUUGAUUGUAUGUCCAUAAAGUGAUGCUAGGCACAGGAGUGUCUGUACAAGGUUACUCUGCCAGGAAAUAAGUAGUAAUGGUUGGAGGUUGUGGAGGAAUGGGUUGGUGGAUGGAGGUAUUGAUCAGCCUUACUUUCUGGGCAAGGUAACUCUGGUGGUCCUGGUGUGGUUGGUGUGCAGCCUCCUCCCCAAUUAAACAAUCCCUGAGCAAGGUGGGUGGUAUCCAUCAUGAUGAUAUUGGCCCUUUUCCAACCUCUCUGAAAUAUUUGUUUUACAAACAUGCAAUGUUCUUUUUGUUCCCUUUUUAUACCCCAGAGAUUGGAUGAUAAAGCAUAACUUCUUGUUACAUUUUUGACUGCUGUUAUUAAAACAUUAGCAGCGCUUCAUUUAGAAUUUCCUUGACUUCAAAGUGCAUGCAGGUGUUUUGUAGUCGUAAAAGGUACUUUAUUAGUGCAAGGCAUUUCCUUUUCUCUCGGGAGAUGAAGAAGGGAAAAAAGAGCUAAUUGGUGAAAGAUUAAAAUAAAAAUGCCAAUUUGGGUAUGUGUUCUGUGAGUGAGCCUAUUUGGCACAAUUUACAGGUGUUAAUUUUUUUAUGUUGGGCAAAAAUGUUUGAUAUUUCUCCCACAGUUUAUUUCGAAGCAGUGUGAAUUUGAUGAGGCUUUCUUGAAUAUUGCAUUGGAUAGAAGUACUCAUUAGCAGCCAGUGAUGCUGACUGAAGUGUCUGGCUGCUAUAGCUAAGCCUGGAGUGUUAGAGGUGGGAGAGACUGGAACAAGCCAGUC